AUGGCCGCACUCAAUCAUCUGUUUGGCUCUUGUGCUUGCGAGAGGAACCAAUACACGGUUGUCAUCCCUGACACUCCUUCAGCGUCUCUGGCACACGUCUACUUUGACAACACUGCUUUGAGUCGUAAGUACUACUAAAGGCACACGAGAAUAUGGAAGAAUUGGCCGGAUACUGACGCGACGUCAAAAGGCAGAACGCAAGCAACACCAACCACAGCAUGGCUGAGGGUAUGGACAUGCGGCUCGUGGCACGAGAUAUGGACGUCACACUGACACUGCUCUCAACAGGUCCCUCUCGAGUGGUACUCCAGCUUCACGAUCGCCCAAUUCCCUGACGAGUCUCACUCCUCCAUCAAGCGAACGUUCCACGCGCCCGCGCGAAGCACAGCUCUCCCAGCGACAAGACGACAAUUCUGCGGCUAUUGCGGCAGUCAUCUUACGCAAUGGAACGAGGGGGAAGCAUCUCAGAACACGCACGAACUCCUAGAUGUCACACUGGGAUCCUUGCUUGACGAGAGUCUGGAGAAAUUAGAGGCGUUGAACAUCCUCGACCCGGAAGCAGAGCAAGAAUCCGAUACGAGCGAGGACGGGUUGGUCAAGGGCACGAGCAUUAAUGAGGAGGAUCACAUUGCCACGAACGAGCAAAGCAUGGGAGGAGUUGACGCUGCGCCCGCACGACCUCGACACCAGCUCGCGAAUCGCGGAAUGCCAUACUUUGAAGAAAUGGUAGAGAAUAGCCGUCUCGGUAGAUUGAGAAGGCGAGCUGGAGGCCAUGCUUCCGCGGAUGGGACGACUCGCGUGCAGUGGGAAGUCCUGGAAGUUGGCAACUGGAACGAUUCGGAGCCGAUGGAAGACGUUGCGAGUGGUAACAUCAACAAGCGUCAGAAGUUGGGCUCGUGA